UUGAAAUAGAUGUCAUCAGCUGGAAGUUCUGGUAAAACUACAAGAAAAAAUGCUCUGGGACAAAGAUUAGAUCCGGGAUGGGAACAUGGGGUUGAGGAUGGGACUUCAAAAAAAGUGAAGUGUCGGUAUUGCAACACUUCCCAUUCUGGGGGUAUUUAUCGGCAUAAACAUCACUUGGCUGGCACUCAUUUAAAUGUUGAGCCGUGUCCACAAGUGCCCGAAGAAGUGAGAACACAAUUUCAAAAAAUUCUUCAAGCUCAUUCAGAGGAAAGUCAAAAGAAGAAGAAACAAAACUUAUAUGAUGUUGAUAUCGAUGAUGAUGAUAGUGAAUGUAUAGCCUUAGAACAAUCAAAGAAGAGGAAGCAAGGUGGUGCAAUGGAUGGAUUUGUAACAAAGAAUUCGUCACGGCAAACAACAUUGAAUGAGAAAUUUAAAAAGGAAGAGAGAGAUGCAGUAUGUCAAAUCAUAGCCCGAUUUUUUUAUACCAGUGCUAUACCAUUCAAUUGUGUGAACAAUCCCAUAUUUCCUCUUAUGAUUAAAAGGAUUGGAGAGUAUGGGAGGGGGCUCAAUCCUCCUUCUUAUCAUGAAAUUAGAGAGACAUUCUUGAAGAAGGAAGUUAGUGAAGCAUUGAAUAUACUCGAGAAUUUUAGAGGAGAAUGGGUGAAGACUGGAUGUACUAUUAUGUCAGAUGGGUGGUCUGACAGGAGGAGACGUUCAAUAUGUAAUUUUCUUGUCAAUAGCCCAUCGGGAACUAUCUUUUUGUCAUCCCGAGAUACUUCUGAUAUUUCAAAAACUGGCCAAAUGGUUUUUGAAAUGUUAGAUGAGAUUGUGGAAAAAGUUGGAGAAGAAAAUGUUGUACAAGUUGUAACUGAUAAUGCUUCUAACUACAAAUUGGCUGGAGAGAUGUUGAUGGAAAAGAGGAAAAAAUUAUUUUGGACACCUUGUGCCGCUCAUUGCAUUGAUUUGAUGUUGAAGGAUUUUGAGAAAAAAAUUGAGAUGCAUAGUGGGACAAUUGAAGAUGGAAGGAUGAUUGUUUCAUACAUUUAUUCAAGGUGUAUGCUGAACCAUUGGAUGAAGGAAUUCACAAAUGGCAAGGAGCUUAUUAGACCUGCAGUGACGCGAUUUGCCACUUCUUACUUAACUUUGCAGCGUCUUAAUGAACUAAAAGGAGAAUUGAUGAAUCUUUUUACAUCAUCUAAGUGGAAGUCUAGUAAGUUUGCAAGGACACGUAAAGGGAAAAGAGUUGAAGGUGUGGCUUUAGACAAUCGUAACUUCUGGACAAAUGUUGCCAAUUGUCUAAGAGCUGCAAUACCUCUUGUUAAAGUACUCCGAUUGGUGGAUUCUGAUGAGAGACCGGCUAUGGGAUUCAUUUAUGGAGCAAUGGAUCGUGCCAAGGAGGAAAUUAAGAAAAACUUCAAUGGAAUCAAAAAGUGGUAA